CUUCCUUCCUUCCUUCCUUCCUUCCUCGUGCAAGGAUUCAUAGUAGCGAGUCAACGUCUUGCUGCGAUCAAGAAUCGUUGUCUCGUUCUGUUUUCGUACUUACGGGUUACUUACUUUCAUGAGCAGCGGCGGUCAAAAUAGAGGUAGCAAACGAGCUUGCGAUGCUUGCCGGCGAAGGAAAGGUUGGUACGAUGUGAAGAUGGCGACGGCACACAGAGAUGCAAGAACUGCGUUGUCCAUGAUAUCGAUUGCACGCAUAAUAUCGUACCACAGAGAAAAGGCCCAAAGCUUGGCUCUACGCAGGACAGAAAUCUACGCACGAGACUGAAAGAGGUGGAGGAUCGUCUUCAGCAGAUGCAAAGCAGUGUGAACGCUCAACCUUCCGCGUCCAGUCCUUCGUCUCGCUCCGUCUCGACCCACAACUUAACCCGAAGCUCAACAUUACAGAAUGGCCACGACGCGACAGAAGUGCAUGGCCUCCACGCUUCAUCAAGCAUGUCAGAUAGCUUCACCGAUGAGGAACCAGACUCUGGCGAGGACGAGUAUGGAAACAUUCGACUUCUCGCGGAGGGGAUCGGGGCCAUUUCGCUGGAGGCCAAUCCUGGACGCGAUUUUCUGGGAAAGUCCAGUGUUUCCGCGGUUUUCAGGACCGCAGAAGCACGGCCAGUAGCGCCCUCAGAUGAGCCGGCUUAUGCGCUACCUCUAAUCCCUCGACGCCGCAUUUUUUGGACUGCCAACCCAUGGGACCACGUCACUCCAUCGAAGACACACUUCGUCUUUCCUCCCCCACCGCUUCUGGCUAACCUCGUUGAUAUCUUCUUUAUACGGGCCAAUUCAUGGAAUGGCCUUCUUCAUCGUCCAACUUUUCAGGACGCACUGGACCACGAUCUUCACCACACAGAUCGAAGCUUUGGCGGUGUCCUGCUCAUGGUAUGUGCUGCAGGUGCAAUAUACUCGGACGAUCCUAGUCAUAUGGACGAUUGCGAUACGAACUUCGGUAUUGCUGAAGAGCCACCAUGGCGUCCCGCGGGCUGGAAGUGGGCUCGUCAGGUAGACCCAUUGCAGAAUGCUUUAUCGCACACUUCUUCGGUGUACGAUCUACAGUUAUACGUGCUUUGCGUGAUGUACAUGCAUGCGUAUACGCACGCGGUCGAUCUUUGGGCGCUGGCUGGACUUGGCCUACGACGUGCUCUGUCUGUUGGUGCUCAUAGACGAAAAUCGUAUGGUGGCAAAUUGACUGUCGAGGGGGAGCUGUGGAAACGAGCUUUUUGGGCACUUAUGUGUGUAGACCGUGCCCAAUCUGCCAUCACAGGACGCCCAUGCGCUAUCCAGGAAGAAGAUGUCGAUGUAGAUCUUCCGUCUGCAUGCGAUGACGAAUAUUGGACUCACCCUGACCCAGCCCAGCGGUUCAUACAGCCUGAAGGAAGACCAUCGACGGCGUUGUGUAACAUAUUCCUCAUCAAACUGCGGUGUAUAACUGCCAAAGCGUCGCGGACCAUUUGGUCGAGCAGAAAAGGUGGAACCCUCUCCGGUUCCACUGGUCAAGACCGGGAACAACAAGCAGUCGCCGAGCUUGACUCCGCGCUAAACAGAUGGCACAAUACCCUUCCAUCAUAUUUGAAGUGGGACCUGGAGCAAUCGGACAAAACAUUUCUCACACAAUCUGCGCUCUUGGCUUGUGCUUUCCAUGAGACUCAAAUUUUCGUACACCGUCGUUUCAUCGUGACGAACGAUGGUCGGAUGCCCGCGGCUUCUUUUGCUGAAGCAUCACGCGUCAUUUGCUUGAACGCUGCCAGAACUUGUGGACGUGUCCUACACGGCUUACGUAGUCGUGAGCUCGGACAUAAUAUUCCCUACACAUUUCUUUUGAUGCCUGCGUUUAUGUCCGCUAUGAUGUUGUACUUCGACAUUGGCCGUGAAAGAAGACUGGGUCUUCCGAUGUCACAGCAGCAUCUACGGGAUCUUGAGGAUGCGUCCAGGUGUAUGGCUUUCCUCGAGGACGCAGAGAAGAGAUUUAUCUCCGCGGGGAAAAUGAGCGAUGCGCUGGUACAAGUGGCGGCCAAUCUCGAUAUUCACGAUCUCUUCGGGACAUCGGUUUCUUACACCCAUGGAGCGGUACCAGCCGGAACCAACGUCGAUCCUACAAACAACGGCGAAAGUCUUUCCCUUAGUGGCUUCAGAGGUUGGGCUGAAAUGGGUGGACGGGAUGGGGGGGAUCAUGAAGAUCUCAUCUUCCCGGAUGGCCUGCCAGUGUUCGAUCAAGUGGAUCUGCCUGGACUUUCUUUACCAUUCGACCUUAACCAGGGGACUGGCGGGUGGGACAGUUUAAAUGGCAUUUUCAUGUCAUCGUCGACAGAUGAUUUUUGGGCACCAUUUUCUUCUCCACCUCAGUGAUACAGAUCUUUUCUUACGACCCAGAUGAAGUAGUUGAUGAUUCUCGGACAUCAGUGGCUUGCUGUUUCGAACUUUAGGUACCGGUCCUAGGAAUAGACAUCAUUGCAGUGCUAGAUACACGCCAAUAUCUGGGUAGAUACCUCACAAAUAUUCCACAAAUUCGUACAUAUCAUACAAUGGCAAUCUAAGUUACCG